CUUGGCGCCGCGGGCAACCAGUUCGUUACACUCUGACAGCAGCACUCACUACUCUACUCUACUGUUAUACAAACAGAUACUCAAGCCCACGCUUCCCUCCCUCCUGCUGCAGACUGCACUGCUCACGGAAGCUGCAUUUCCUUACGUCCUACUUGUAGUUCUUCUCUUCUUCAACGCUCUCAGUAUGUUUUACUCUCAUCAGCUUCUUGCACGCAAAGCUCCGCUCGGCCAGAUAUGGAUGGCAGCAACAAUGCAUGCGAAGAUUCACAGGAGAAGGCUGGACAAGCUCGACAUCAUCAAAAUCUGCGAAGAGAUCUUAAAUCCUUCAGUUCCCAUGGCUCUCAGGCUCUCUGGAAUUCUAAUGGGCGGAGUUGUAAUUGUUUACGAAAGAAAAGUUAAGCUUCUCUACGAUGAUGUCACCCGUCUGCUGGUGGAAAUAAAUGAAGCUUGGAGGGUUAAAACUGCUCCAUCGGAUCCAACUAGACUUCCCAAGGGGAAAUCACAAGCCAAAUACGAAGCUGUUACAUUACCACCUAAUCGUGAGGAAGACCUGGGGGAGACUGAGGAAGCGUUUACACAUUCUAAUGGAACCACCAUGAUGGGUUUUCAGCAGACCUCUUAUAUUGCCAUGAGAUUGGACAGUGUUGAAGACCUUUUGUCGAGUAAAAUCCCCUCGGAUGAUCUGAACAAUGACCACCAUCAAGCUGAUGCUGCUAAUAUUACCUUACUUGAUAAUUAUGAUUCAUAUCAACCUGAUGCUUCUGCAUUCAAUCGCUUCGAAAGGUUUGAUAUAGAAGGGGAUGGGGAAAUUCAUAUGAAUUUCACUCCACCAGAGUUCACUGAGAUCCCAACCAGUCUCAUACCAUCACCACCUCAAAAUGAGGAUAUCCGCAAAUCUGAUGAAAUCCAAGAAAAUCACCCUGAGGAACAAUUCAAGCCACAGUGCGAUGAAAUGGAGAAGGCUAACGAGAAAAAAAAUCAAGCAAAGCAAAGGGUUGCACGAAGGAAGGGAAAAAGACCUGCAGUUCUUGCUAUGGAUUAUGAGCAAAACAUAAUUCCAGGCCAGACAUAUCAAUCCUGGCUUAAGAAUUCUUCUGAUAUUAUUUCAAGAAGAAGAAAGAAGCGAAAGUUGCCUACGGAUUUGUUGUCUACAAUGAAGAUGGCUACUCUGAUGGAACUUCCUUCCAUUGUACUUGUGGAGAGGUUGGUCACAAGUGGGAAUAGGCAAAUUCACUAUCCAGCACCCCUGAUGGAAAUGUGGAUCAGAUGCACCCAACCUCCCCAUGAUUCGCCUUCAGGUCGAACCUCUCAUGUCCCACCACAACCAUCAUCCUCAUCGUCUCCACCAGAAAGAGUGCAUUUUAGGGAACAGAUGGGUGAUCCUUUCGAAGAUCUUCACAGUAGAAUUGACACUCUGGCGAAGGAAAUUUCCAUUGAGAAAGCUAGAGCAAAGGACAAUAACCAUGACCUGCCGCCCGAUACAUUUUUGGAAGAGCUCAGGAACAACCUUAAAGACAAUGGAUUCGAAAUGAAAGAUGGAAAUGAAGGCUUAAGUGCAUCUAAGAUUAAUAUGACGGCUACUCCAGGAAACUCCGGUGAUGAAAUAAGAUCGAUCCCGAGCUCAGGGUCUGGCCAUGGCUUCUCACACAAUUCAGACAUCAGUUCUGGAUGGUCUGGCAAAAAACGACCCUUUUCAGCUUCCAACAACAGCAUGAAAGGACUCGAACCUGUCGCUGAAGAGCUCUCGUGGCAGCAUUCGGAUCCUAACUUUAACUUAGCACCAAAUGAUGAGCCAUUACUGGAAACAGGACCGACGCAAACACAGAAGCCUCCGUCUGCCACUCCGCAGCCGCUUGACCAUAUAACAGACUCCAUCAGAAUGCACUUCAAGGCUCAUUUCGACAGACAGGGAACUGCCAAGGCCGAGCACCUAAACCAGUUGGCUUUCGGAAUGAGCAAAAAGGCUGCAGCUACUCUUUUCUAUCAGACUUGUGUUCUUGCUACACUUGACUACGUGAGAGUCGAACAGACAGAGGCGUAUGGCGACAUAAUGAUCACCAGAGGUGCUAAGAUGUGAGCAAAGCUAGAUCAGGUGAUUUAUUGCAUACAUGCAUAUAAAUACAAUAUAUAUAUAUAGACAUUUCUAUAUUUGGUCUAU